CUCAGGAUGAAUCAUAACGUCAUUCGAGAAAGUUUGUAAAGAAUUUCAAUCCUAGUGUUUUGGAUAUUAUAUCGUAAAUUUUCGUCAAUUGAGUAGCUAGCAAUUAUUACAUCGAACAUAAUGGCGGGUAUGCCAGAUCAACAGGCCCUGUGGAACAUUUUCCAGAAGGUGGACCGAGAUAGGAGCGGGUACAUCUCUGCAGAUGAACUACAACAAGCGUUGUCCAAUGGAACGUGGAACCCAUUUAACCCGGAAACCGUCCGAUUGAUGAUUGGAAUGUUCGAUCGUCAGAAUCGUGGCAGUGUUAAUUUUCAGGAUUUCGGAGCUCUUUGGAAGUAUGUCGUGGAUUGGCAGAAUUGUUUUCGCUCUUUCGACACGGACAGCUCCGGGAACAUUGAUAAAAACGAACUAAAACAAGCGCUCACGACUUUCGGUUAUCGCCUUUCGGACGGCCUGUACGAUAUUUUGAUCAGGAAGUUUGAUCGAUACGGAAACGCUACGAUUCUGUUCGACGAUUUCAUUCAAUGCUGUAUAAUCUUGUACACACUGACGUCAGCCUUCAGACAGUACGACACAGAUCAGGACGGGGUGAUAACAAUUCACUACGAACAGUUCCUCAACAUGGUAUUCGGUUUAAAAAUUUGAUUGGGAAAUUUUUAGCAAGUUCGCCGAUUUUUGCACUAUCAAGUACCAUUAGCCUGUAAGGUAGACAAACCUGGUUAGUAAUAGUUUAACGUACUGAAUAUCCAGUUUGUCACAUGUGUAUCCUUUCCUAUCGCAACUUACAUGCAUGUUCAGAAUUGGCAAAUAAAAGAAUAUAUGUAUUGCACGUCGAAAGCAACAAAAACAUAUAUUUGUAGCCUUAAUGUUAAUCAAAAUAUUGGCGUUGGCUGAUGAGGAAAUUUUAUCUAAAAAUUAGUAAAUACUCAAAAAAAAACAAAAUUGGUUCAAAUUGUAGAUUGUCUCAAUAGAUGAUUAUCUUUAUAAGUAAAAAUAAAUAUGUUAAACUGCUGUACCACGAAUCAUACAAUCAAUAGAAAUACAGUUGCCAAAACUUGAAUAAACAUCUAUAAGUGUUAUGAAUCAAUUUGUGUCUUCUACAACAUAAAAAUAUUCAAUAAAAAGUAAAA